UGUCUGCCCCAGGAAAUCCCAGCAUCGCUCAUGGCUGACGGAGGUCAGAGGUGCCCCCGCUCGACCCGCUUUGCGAAGAAGCCACCGGUGCCAGGGCAGCGCUGGUGCAAGGCGAACUUCAGCUACACCCCGGAGAAGGCGGAUGAGCUGCAGCUAAAGGCCGGGGAGCUGGUGCAGAUCCUGCAGGAGAUUGAAGAUGGCUGGUGGCUAGGCAGGAAGAAUGGCCAGGUUGGUGCUUUCCCCUCCAACUUCGUCCAGGAGCUGGACAGGCUGCCCCCAGGGCUAGUGGCCCCGGAGCCCCUCCCAAAGAAUGGGGCUGGGAAGCAGAGGCCGAAGCUGACUGAUGAGACCUUCAUCGUAAAGGAGGCAGAGCAGCCAGAGCCCCCCAAGAAGUUGGAGAAGCCCAUCCCCGCAGCCCAGAGCUCCCCGCCAAACCAGCCCCCGCAGCCAUCCUGCAAAGCCGAGUACUGCAAGGCCAUGUUCGACUAUGAGCCAGAGCUCCAGGAUGAGCUGCAGCUGAAGAGAGGAGACGUCAUUUUAGUUCUCUGCAAGGAGACGGAGGAUGAGGGCUGGUGGGAAGGGGAAUGUGAUGGCAAGAGAGGCCUCUUCCCUGAUAACUUCGUGAUGCUGCUGCAGUCCCUGGUGCCAAAAGUUACGGCGGUGGUGCCCUCGCGGAGCCAGGAGUCAAUCUUCAGGCCGGAGAAGAAAGUGUCCAGCGCCAGCAAAGCGGAGCUGCGCCCCCCCCGAGAGCCCAAAGUGCCCAAGGUGCAGAAGAAGAUGGAUCUGCCCAAGAUGAACCUCCCUGCCAGCAAGAAAGCGGCUCCCGCCCCUCCCGUGCCUGCCAAGACCAAACUGGCUUCCAACCUCAUGGGCAGGCCCCCCGGUACCCCGAUGAACUGUGCCCCAGCCAGUGGGGAGAAGAGCAAGCCCAAGGACCCAGAUGCGAAUUGCUUUGAUGCCAUCCUGGUCUCCAAUGCCAAACUGAGCCACCCGACCACGACCCGUCCCAAAAUGCCAGGCAGGAAGCCGCCCAGCCAGCCGCCUGCUAGCUCUCCGAAGGCACCCCUGGUCCCAGCCAAGAGCAGCGUCCAGGCCAGGGAGCUGCAGCCCCCAGAGAGCCCGGGGGACCCUCCCAAGGCACAGGAGAAGCUGUCCCUGGAGGUGCUGAUGGCCGAGCUCCGGUCCCUGCAGAUCCUGAUGGACCUGAUGAGGGUGCAGCACCAGAAGGACAUGGAGGAGCUCAAGAUGGAAAUGCAGGAGGAGCGGGCCAAGCGCAUGGUGCUGCAGGUGGAAAUCGAGAGCAUGAAGCAGAUGCCUGCCCUCGAUGGAGCAGACAUGGCGGGAGCAGGAGCAGCUAUGCUGGGCAGUGAAUUGGAGGAGCUGCCGGCCACACUGUGACGUCCACUGUGAAGAGGCCCGCUCUGCAAACUCUGCUGGGGCCGUUAAACUUGCAAGAGAAUCACUGGCUAUUAAUUCCCCUUGGUGUACGUUUACCCCGAGGCCGGAUCCCUGCCCCGGGUAGUGGGGAGAAGGCCCAGAGCCCCUCCAGCUCAUCUCCUGCUGCGUCUGCUCACUGGGCCCUCAGGGGAAGCACGAUGAGGAGCUCUGGGCCAUGCAGCCCCAUGAGCACUGUGGUGGGGUGCAGCCUUUUGUCCGCUCCGGGUCCCGCUGGGCUGACCCUCUGGGGGAUGCUGGCUUUGUGAUGGGCAGCACGGGGCACCUCCCUGCUGGGAAACAGUCGGGGCCGCCAAGGGAGUUAGCGAUGCCCUAGCGGGACCAGGGUGUUCAUGCUAGCAGUGCAGAGGCCUGGCCAUUGCCUGGAUUUUGCCAGCGCUGGGCAGUCAUCACCCCUCAGGCCCCAUCACCUGCUCAGCUCUGAAUUUCCUGCAUAUGGGCCAAAGGAGGCCCCUCCAUCCCCCUGCCCCAGGAGAGGCCGCCCCAUGUCCAAGCAGCAUCCGUCCCUCUCUGGAGACAGGUCUUGAGCCCCUGGCUCCCCUCUUCCCCCCUGACCUGUCCCAGCCUUGGGCCGUGCUCAUCCACAUGUUGUUCCCAGCCCCUCUGUGUGUGUGGGGAGAAUAGCCAUCUCUUAGCCCAGCACAACUCUCAAAGCCCACCUGUGACCCUAGCCCUACAACCCCCUGGGGGCUGCUGAUGCUGACCCCGCCCAGAGAAAAAGCCCUGUGCUGACUGCCCCCAGCCCUGUCUGCUGCGUGUCAGCCCUGGGGUCACCUGACCCUGGGGUCUGACUAGACCAGGAUAAGAGGGUUUGGAACCACUUCACCCUAGUGCAGACAGCCAUCUGCAUUGUCCUGGUCAGCUGGCCCUGUGGAGUGGGCUCCCAGCUAACAUGUUGCAUCCUGCCCUGUCCACACUAGGGAGCUCAGAUGUGUUGGCUAAGCCGUCCCUGGGCCAGAUGUGGGGGCGGGAAUCCUCAUCCUGGUUAACCUGUGAUAACUCAUGCAGGCUGGACCCCUAGGGUUACCCAACACUUGUGUCCUGUCUGCAUUAGAAUCUAGUCAUGUUAGUGAGCACAUGGUCAAAUGUGACCGAGCAUAGGUGUCUGUGGAGUGGCCCUUGAUAUAUGCCAGCCUCCUUCCCAUCAGCAGCCCUGUCCGAUGCCUCUGGCUCUUCCCAGGCCCUCUUAAUCCUGAGAACUGGGAGUUUCUCCCUCGCUCUGGGAGCUGCUCUCUGCAGUGGUUUCGUUCCCGCUAUGCUUGUCUGACAUGGGGGUGGGUCUGGAACAACUGUGAAUGUCCCUUGCCCCCAGGAGCCGCUGGCCGACAGCCUGAAGUUUUAAAAACUAUUUUAUAAAUACGUGUAAAAUUUUAAUAAACUAUUUUUAUACAAAUCUUAGCUGCUGCCUGGCUGCUGUAGUGUU